UAGUGCCCCCGAGUGGACACCCAACGCACUGCUUCUUGCUCUCAAGCCCAGUACGACUCCCAGCAGAGUGUGAAGAUGGCGGAGGGUGAAUUGAACGUGGACAGCCUAAUCUCUCGCCUUCUAGAAGUGAGGGGAUGCCGCCCGGGCAAGAUCGUGCAGAUGACUGAGGCGGAGGUGCGGGGCCUGUGCAUCAAAUCCCGCGAGAUCUUCCUCAGCCAGCCCAUCCUGCUGGAGCUCGAAGCUCCCCUCAAGAUAUGCGGUGACAUCCACGGGCAGUACACGGAUCUGCUGCGUCUUUUCGAAUACGGCGGCUUCCCGCCCGAGGCCAACUACCUGUUCCUCGGCGACUACGUGGACCGCGGCAAGCAGUCGCUGGAGACCAUCUGCCUGCUGCUGGCCUACAAGAUCAAGUACCCGGAGAACUUCUUCCUGCUCAGGGGCAACCACGAGUGCGCCUCCAUCAACCGUAUCUACGGCUUCUACGACGAGUGUAAGCGCAGGUUCAACAUUAAGCUGUGGAAGACUUUCACCGACUGCUUCAACUGCCUGCCCAUCGCCGCCAUCAUCGACGAGAAGAUCUUCUGUUGCCACGGAGGACUUUCACCAGAUUUGCAGUCAAUGGAGCAGAUCCGCAGGAUUAUGAGGCCAACAGAUGUGCCUGAUACAGGCCUCCUCUGCGACCUGCUUUGGUCCGACCCGGACAAGGACGUGCAAGGCUGGGGCGAGAACGACCGCGGCGUCUCGUUCACCUUCGGCGCCGACGUAGUCAGCAAGUUCCUCAACCGCCACGACUUGGAUCUCAUCUGCAGGGCCCACCAGGUUGUGGAGGACGGAUACGAGUUCUUUGCCAAGCGCCAACUGGUCACACUGUUUUCGGCGCCCAACUACUGCGGGGAGUUCGACAACGCCGGCGGCAUGAUGAGCGUGGACGAAUCGCUCAUGUGCUCCUUCCAGAUCUUAAAGCCCUCAGAGAAGAAGGCCAAAUAUCAGUAUGGGGGGGUCAAUUCCGGUCGGCCUGUCACUCCUUCCCGCACCACUCAGGCCCCCAAGAAGAGGUGAACAUGUAAUGGCCUUGUGAACCCCGAGAACACCCCCCCCCCCCCCCACACACACAUAUGCGCAUGUGCACACACACGGUAAUGCCGCGUAACACAAAUACAGUGGAACCUCCAAAGUUGAAGUUACAUUUUUUUUUUCGGCUAUUGUUCCCGUCGUAUAUCGUCUAAAAUGUAUCAUGAAUCCAACUCUGACGAUAUUACCCAAGUGUCGUGAGGUGUAUUUACGUUAGCCUGAUUAUAUUUUUAAUGCUGUGUAAUGUAAAUUAUAUUUGUUGACUUGGCGCUCAUUUUUUUGCUGAGCAGACGGACGCUUGCCCUGCGUGACGGUGAGCGUAAGUUUAAUUUCUUGCCUAGUAUCAUGACAAUAUUUUUUUUAUUAAAUCUAAUGGGAGAGGCUCAAAGAACUAAAGUCUCUUACAUGUACUCCUUUUUAGGUUCCACUGUACUAAACGCAAUUCUUUCCACUGACCCACCCCCCUCGUCCAUUGACAGCUUUUUCCUUAACAUGCACGCGUACCUAAAUUAGCUGUGAGCAAACAGUUUAUUUACAUUUCUAUCGUUUGCCUGUUUGUUAAUAUUUUGAUCGUGUUAAUACACUAUUGUGGGAAAAGGGGAUGGGGGGAUAAAAUGCUUAUUUUUUUAUUUUCCUUGAAAGACAUAAAAAAACGAAUUGGUGUCAUUUUGCCGAGUUUUAUUCCCACAGAAGCGUAUCAGCGUGUAUUUCAGUACAUCUAUUUCCGGUGAGUUGGAAAGAAUGUGAAGGGACCGGCAUUUGUGAAAGGAUUGAACUUCUUGCCCUCCAGACAUACGUUCCACUGUGCCUCCAUUUUUUUUUUUUUUUAAGUUCCACAGACACCGCCAAAGACACAUUCAAAACCUUCAAAGAUAAGACAAAUAUCUGUACCAUGAGCAAUCUGUAGUCGGUCACAAGAGAUCCAAAUUAAAGUUCAUAGUUCACAAAUUGGUCAAUACCAGCGUUCAACUUUGGCGGUUCCACUGAGUGUAUUUUUGUUUGUCAUAUCAGAUACACUCAACCUCUUUUUUUUUCUAUAUUGUAACAUGACAACAAAUUCGUAGAAUUUUUCACUGAUGGUCAGUAUUUUUACUUGAUUAUUUUGAAUAGAGAUGUGCGUCGUGUGUGGCAUGUCCAUGCUUUUUCUAGAAGUGCUUUAAACCAGCUUGUGGAUUUCCUGUUGGUGUUUCAAAAGAAUACAAAUGAGUCUUGCGUGAUGAUUGGAAGCUUCGAAGCCAAGAAUUGUCCAUCGGUCCCGCUCCUCCUCCUCCUCCCACCAUCGUUUUGGCGUAUGAUGACUGGCAGAGUGGGAGUGGGCAUAGGCUGGCAUCUGACUUGGCAUUGCUAUUGUGAUUGUGGCGCCACCUGGUGUUUAGAUGCGGUGUACUUCAGUACAGUAUAUCUCUCGGCUCUUUGUGGCAUUCUUCUAUCUGGUUGUUUCUGUUUGUUUGUUUUUCCUCUAUUCGCACACUUGACAUUUUAAUUUAUUUCUGAAUGACGAUGAUGACACAUGAAAUGAGUGAGGUGUUAACCCAGGUUUGCUAUUUGUACGAGUUUGAAAGUCAAUAAAUUGAUGGAAACUCA